CUUGGGGGAGGUCUCUGCGUGGUCAGGCCGUGCUGGAGACGGCGCCCUCACUGCGGGCAGUGGAGACCUGGAGUGUCCCUGUGCCCGGUCCCUGCCUCAAAGUCAGCCUUGGGCACUUGGUUCUUCCCAGCCUGGACCCCUGGAUCCCCUCCCUCUGGGCCCGACGCCUGGAUCCUGCCUUCGAAACCGUCCUCCAACGCUAGGUCCCUUCCCUCAGGUGCCUGGUGUCUCCCCCAGGGGCCCUUGUCCUGGGCCAUGGCCCAGAGGUUGGGUUUGGGGCCUGGGCGACGGGAGGCUGUGACCUCUCUGCUCCUGUUUGGAUUAUUCCAGUCUGGAAUGGCCUUCUGUGGCAUGGCCCCCCAAGCACGCAUCACCGGUGGGGACAACGCGGCUUCUGGUCAGUGGCCCUGGCAGGUCAGCAUCACCUACAGCGGCACCCACGUGUGUGGUGGUUCUCUUGUGUCUGAUGAGUGGGUGCUGUCAGCUGCUCACUGCUUCCCCAGGGAGCACCGCACGGAAGACUACGAGGUAAAGCUGGGGGCCUACCAGCUGGACUCCUACACCCCUGACACUGAGGUCCGCACCCUGGCCCAAGUGAUCACCCACAACAGCUACCGCCAGGAGGGCUCCGAGGGUGACAUCGCGCUCCUCCGCCUCAGCAGCCCCAUCACCUUCUCCCGCACCAUCCGGCCCAUCUGCCUCCCCGCAGCCAACGCCUCCUUCCCCAACGGCCUCCAAUGUACUGUCACCGGAUGGGGCCAUGUGGCCCCUUCAGUGAGCCUCCAGGCCCCCAGGCCCCUGCAGCAGCUUGAGGUGCCCCUGAUCAGCCGCGAUACAUGUAAUUGCCUGUACAACAUCAACGCCAAGCCCGAGGAACCCCACUUCAUCCAGCCGGACAUGGUGUGUGCUGGCUAUGUGCAGGGGGGCAAGGAUGCCUGCCAGGGUGACUCUGGGGGCCCGCUCUCCUGCCCCGUGGGGGGCCUGUGGUAUCUGGCAGGCAUUGUGAGCUGGGGUGAUGCCUGUGGAGCCCCCAACAGGCCUGGUGUGUACACUCUGACCUCCAGCUAUGCCUCCUGGAUCCACUACCAUGUGGCACAGCUCCAACCCCAGGUGGUGCCCCAAACCCAGGAGUCCCAGCCUGAUGACAACCUCUGCCACAAGCAUCAGGCCUUCAACUUGGCUCCAGGCCAUGGCUCGCUGGGGCCCAUCCUUCUGCUACCACUGGGCCUGACCCUGAGCCUCCUCCAUCCCUGGCCAGGCCACUGAGCUACUCACCCCGGGAGCUGACCCUGCUUCCAGGACUGACACAUCACACCCAAGGACAGAUGCCGGCUCUCAGUAAUGGACCUGGCCCCUCCCUGACACCCUCUGGGCCAGAGCCAUUGCUUCCUCCCAGGACCCUGUGGGGGGCCAGGGCACCUGACCCUUAAGCCCACUCUUCAGGAUCUGCUCUGUAGGGUUCUAAUCUCCAGAGAGGAGUUUUAUUGCCUGUGGUGUUCACUGGAACGUCUGGCUGCCUCCAUCUGCUUGUCCACAGCCUAUUGGUCGGGCUCCCCUGAAGCCCCCAAAGAGCUGUUUCUAGAUGAGUGGGCAGUGGCCGGGCUGAUCGCUACUAAAGGGCUGGCUCCAGUGCUCCAGCCUCCCUGCCCGAUGAGCCCAUCGCUUCCCCCUCUUCCUGUCUUCUGGGCUUGAGCUGCCUCUAGGCAGCUUGUUUCAAGGACAGAAAAGGCCCCAGUCUUGCCACAUUGGCCACCAUGCCUCCCUUGAGCCCUGACUCCUGGACUCCGGAGGACUGAGCCCCCCCCGGAACUGGGCUGGAGCUUGGGUCUGAGGAGCAGGGUAAAAAGAAGGAGUAAAAUGUUUUGAACAUAA